CACUUCCGUGUGCAGCGGCUCGAGAGAGGGAGGCUGCGGCACCGGGAUCCCCGGAGCGACCCUCGGCAUCCGCCCGCCGCGCUGAGGCCCGGACGGGACUCAGCGGCCUCCGGGCCCGUCCCGGUCGGGCCCGCAUCGACCCCCAGUCCUCGCGCGCGCCCCGGAACGGAGCAGGGAGCUGGUCCCCAGACGUCGAGACCCCUGGCGCCUGGAGGUGCGCGGGAGGUCUGCCUGGAACUGGCCCAGGUGAGGGCAGUGGACCUAUUUCUGGUGGUGGUAGUGUGGCGGUGGCCGCAGCAGGAGCCAGGACUGAGGGCAAGGGGGAGCCAGGAGCCCCAGCCGUACUGCAGGCCCCAGCAUGGCACCGUUCCUGCGUAUCGCCUUCACCUCCUAUGAGCUCGGCUCCCUGCAGGCUGCGGACGAGGCCAGCCAGCCCUUCUGUGCCGUGAAGAUGAAGGAGGCACUUAGCACAGAGCGCGGGAAGACACUGGUGCAGAAGAAGCCCACCAUGUACCCCGAGUGGAAGUCCACAUUCGAUGCCCACAUCUACGAGGGCCGCGUCAUCCAGAUUGUGCUGAUGCGAGCAGCUGAAGAGCCGAUGUCUGAGGUGACAGUGGGUGUGUCGGUACUGGCUGAGCGCUGCAAGAAGAACAACGGCAAGGCCGAGUUCUGGCUGGACCUGCAACCCCAGGCCAAGGUGUUGAUGUCUGUGCAGUAUUUCCUGGAAGACAUAGAUUGCAAACAGUCUAUGCGGGGUGAAGACGAGGCCAAGUUCCCAACAAUGAACCGCCGUGGAGCCAUCAAGCAGGCCAAGAUCCACUACAUCAAGAACCAUGAGUUUAUUGCCACCUUCUUCAGACAGCCCACCUUCUGUUCUGUAUGCAAAGACUUUGUUUGGGGUCUCAACAAGCAAGGCUACAAAUGCAGGCAAUGCAACGCUGCCAUCCACAAGAAAUGCAUCGACAAGAUCAUCGGCCGGUGCACCGGCACCGCAGCCAACAGCCGGGACACCAUAUUCCAGAAAGAACGUUUCAACAUCGACAUGCCGCACCGAUUCAAGGUUUACAACUACAUGAGCCCCACCUUCUGUGACCACUGUGGCAGCCUGCUGUGGGGGCUGGUGAAGCAGGGACUAAAAUGUGAAGACUGUGGCAUGAAUGUGCACCAUAAGUGCCAGAAGAAGGUGGCCAACCUCUGUGGCAUUAACCAGAAGCUCUUGGCUGAGGCGUUGAACCAAGUGAGCCAGAGACCCUUCCGGAAGUCAGAAACAGAGCCUGUUGGGAUCUACCAGAAUUUUGAGAAGAAGCCAGAAAUCUCUGGAGAAAUUGUCCCAGACAAUGGGACCUACGGCAAGAUCUGGGAGGGCAGCACCAGGUGCAACAUUGAGAACUUCACCUUCCACAAGGUCCUGGGCAAAGGCAGCUUUGGGAAGGUGCUGCUUGCAGAGCUGAAGGGCAGGAAGGAGUUCUUUGCGGUCAAGGCCCUCAAGAAGGACGUGGUUCUGAUCGAUGAUGAUGUGGAGUGCACCAUGGUGGAGAAGCGGGUGCUGGCACUCGCCUGGGAGAAUCCCUUUCUCACCCACCUCUUCUGUACAUUCCAGACCAAGGACCACUUGUUCUUCGUGAUGGAGUUCCUCAACGGGGGGGACCUGAUGUACCACAUCCAGGACAAAGGCCGCUUCGAGCUCUACCGUGCUACGUUUUAUGCAGCCGAGAUAGUCUGUGGACUACAGUUUCUACACAACAAAGGGAUCAUUUACAGGGACCUCAAGCUGGACAACGUGAUGCUGGACCAGGAUGGCCACAUCAAGAUCGCCGACUUUGGGAUGUGCAAGGAGAACAUCUUCGGGGAGAAACAGGCCAGCACCUUCUGUGGCACCCCUGACUAUAUCGCCCCCGAAAUCCUGCAGGGCCUGAAGUACUCAUUCUCCGUGGAUUGGUGGUCCUUUGGAGUCCUUCUCUAUGAGAUGCUCAUUGGUCAGUCCCCCUUCCAUGGUGACGAUGAGGACGAACUGUUUGAGUCCAUCCGUGUGGACACACCACAUUAUCCCCGCUGGAUCACCAAGGAGUCCAAGGAUAUUCUGGAGAAGCUGCUUGAAAGGGAUACAACCAAGAGGCUGGGAGUGACAGGGAACAUCAAAAUCCACCCCUUCUUCAAGACCAUCAACUGGACUCUUCUGGAGAAACGAGCCGUGGAACCGCCCUUCAAGCCCAAAGUGAAGUCCCCUGGAGACUACAGCAACUUUGACCAGGAGUUCCUGAACGAGAAGGCACGCCUCUCCUACACCGACAAGAACCUCAUCGACUCCAUGGACCAAACUGCAUUUGCUGGCUUCUCCUUCGUGAACCCCAAAUUUGAGAGACUCCUGGAAAAGUGAGACUUCCAGACAUGCCCCCCAACCCUCCCCAGCUGAGGAGCCUGCGUCAGCCAGCACGGCCUGCCCAUCCAGCCCGAGGCAGAGCAGACUGGGCGUCCCCCUUCAUCGGUACCUGCCCGCCCCCACCCCCAACAAUGAGCAACAGUGUGAUUGUCUGAUUUCUGCUGCUGCCACCCCCUUACCUCCAGGAGGGGCCUCAGCUCCUGUCUGGCUGGGCUCUUGUGGUACUUCUGUGAACUAUGUGUGAAUUUGCUUUUCCUCUGCCAUCAGAGGGAAAUUGUAAAUCCUGUGUUUCAUUACUUGAAUGUAGUUAUCUAUUGAAAAAAUAUAUUAUACACACACACACACACACAUAUAUAUAAUAGGCUGUAUAUAUUGCUCAGUAUAGAAGAAACAUAUGAGGGACUGGUGAUCUAUUGAUUUUUUAAAAUAUAUAUGUAUAUAUAUAUACAUAUAUACACAGAUACAUGUAUGUGACCACAAAAAACAAAAAAGAGCACAAGCUGUUUGAACCACCAGGUUCUUUUAUCUGUGUGUCUGAAUAAACACCAAAUGGUACUGA